CAUCCAGGUUGGUUCCUAUUAACUUCAUAGAUAUGUUGAUAUUGUUUUCUUGGCCAAAAUAUAGAAAUGGAUUGCCUCUGCCUUAUUUCAAGUAUUUUCAUCUUUACUUGCUUUCCUAUCCAUGUAUUAACUAAGCCUGAGCCUGCUUAGCUUCAAAAUCCAGGCUCAGUCAGUUAUGUGCUGCCACCUUCUGAAAUGCCACAUUGCGGGCAUGACAAGGUUCCAGCCCCCCCUCCCUAUUUUGAUUUUAAAACAUAAGUUUAGCUAAUGCCUACAUUGGAUGCAUUAAGAAAAUGCCAUCCCCAUCUCAUAACAAUCUUUGUAAUUCUCUCAAUUAUAUCCAUUUUUGUCUGUAAAAGAUGCUUUGAAUGAUCUAUGCUCGUACAUGAGUCAUGUCGAUAUUUUGCAUAGAGAGUGAAAGACAAUAAUUUUUAACUGAAUUUAUUUUGUAGACUUCCUUGAAUUUAUUACUAUAUUGUAAAUGCAAGAAAUGCAUUAAAAGAACAAGACUUGAUACUAUUGAUGAUUCUACGGCUUUCCUUUCCCUUCCUUGAAUCCUAUGCUAAACCAGUAAUGAAUGGCUAUUAGAACUGAUGAUAACUUGAUUGUCUUUCAUGUGGAUCUGUCCAUUACAUAUAUCCUCAUUCAAGUAUAGCCUUAGAUCUAGUCAUAGGAAAUGUAAAGAACAGUGCGUUUUGUUGUAAAAUACACCUGAAUUGCAACAAGUUAUCCCUUGGAAGAUAUACUCUUCCCAGUAUAAGAGAUAAUAAGGGAAUUCUCUGAAUAUUCAUCUAAAUGAAUGUUAUAAAAAAGAGAAGAAUUUCAAAUAAAACAUCUAUUUAAAAAAAACUGAUGGAAAGGAACAAAACAGCUUAGUAGAAAUAUAUAAAGUAAAAGAAGUUAAAACGUAUAUAAAUCUUAAGACAAUAUUCGUCAGGUUCACUGCUAGGUAAAGGAAAAUGAUAGAACAAGUUUUCUUUCUGACAAUUGGAUUUAGACCAUGGAGGUCGUUUCUUCUGAACUCCGUAUAGGAUUAUGCGACAUGUAGAGUUAACACAUGAUACUAAAAUUCAAGUUUGGUUUGCAUUUUGUUUUCAAAAUGUUUGCUAUCUUUUUUGAUAACUUUGUAACUUCUGUGUUCCAAGAUUAUUUAUUUGAUUUCAUCUCAUUCUUUAUCCAGCAAAAUAUUGUUAACCUAGAAAUGUAUAUUUUCCCUAAAACCAAGUCAUGGUAACAUUCUGUCCUUGAAUUCCCUGGGACAAGUAUGUCAUUCUGUGUCACUUUGUGUGUAUUUGAUAGUGUGAGGGGCUACAGGAGGGAAUCGACAACUCCACAUGGGAAUUAAUGUCAUUCACACAUCCUGUGGAAAUGACUUUUGAAAUGCAUAUAAUCUCAAACAUGCAAAUGAGAAGCUUGUUUCACCCUGUUUAAUAUGAAUGAUAGCUUCUGAAUAGCUAUUAUUACAUGCCACAUUUCAGCAAUUAUGUUGUUCCCAGUUUGUCGGUCUAUCGUGCCAAAAAAGCAAAAGCAAAAUCCACACACAGUAAAGAAAAAGGUAGUUUAAAAAAAAACCCACCCUCUUCUUCUGUCCCUUUUGCUUUCAAACUUGCUGACUAGUUGUCUGAUCAGUUCCAAGUCUGGGCUUUGUGCUUCAUUUGAUCUAGAAAGUAGCAGUCUUGAAGGAAGAAUGAGUACAGUUUUCUUUAUAGAGGAAGAAAGUGAAAAAUCCCAGUGUGUCAGUUUGUUUGCUUUUCAUUACCAUUAGUUUGAUUCUAGUUUUCUGAAUGUAAUUACAAUAGCAGAAAUUACUCAUUGAUUAUCACUCAAAAUUGGUGAUAAUCAAUUUAAAGCAAUUGGCAUUUCCUCCUCAGAAGAUAUUACCUUGCUGAGUAAUGAAAUGUUUGCAACAAAACAAACAAGCUCAGAGAGCACUGAGGACCCUACAAUUCAGCCCUGAGCUAUAAAUUUUCAAUCUCCUCCUUAAAUUUCAAUUUCCUAGAUUACUGAAAUACUUUGGAUACAUAUUUGCUUUUAUUUUGUAGAUGAACAAUUCAUUUUAGUAGUGGCAGAGGAAAUACUGAUCAUGAUUAGAAUACACCUUCAAGUUUCAACCUCAGAACAUAAACAGUAGCCCAGCUAUAACUAUUGGAGCUCUCUUCUCUUCCAGCCUUCAUAUAUUAAAGGCAUACUGGUACCAGCUGCUGGGAAUAUCCAGAGACAAUUCUUAUGACAGAUAAGUGUUUCUGGCAAUUUACUCAGCAAGUAACCAUUUUAGAUUCUUGUUCAUCUCAUGAUAUUGACUGCGGUUUGAGCUGAGGGCAAAGCUCCGCACAGAUUACUUUCAAAAUUAUUAGUCUGAAUAUCCGGGACAAAUAAAAGUAAAAUUUCCAAAAUCUGUGCUGUAUUUUGCAUUUGAGGUAUUUUUGCUUUGCUGAGAGAAGAGAGGGAGUAAUGUUAAAUUGUUAUUGUCUAACCAUCUAGGAAAACUUUAUCUUUAUCUUUCCUAAAAUCAUGCAUUCAAACCGAGAAGUGUAUUGUCCCAUCCCAAGCAGUGGAAAAUAGCAAGACCUUAUUCAUGUUGCAAUAAUGAAGAUUGUUGUCUGUGUACAGAGCUAAGUGAGACAAGGAAUUGAUGAUUGGGAAUUGAUGUUAUUCUCAUUUUGCAUGGGGUGCUUCUUGCAUCAUGAGGGCAAGCAAGUUUGCUUUUUGUUUCCCUUCAUUGUAAUCCCUAAUGUAGUUGAGAGGAAGGACUGAAAGAUAGAUGUAGGAAUGCCUCCAUUCCUCCCACUCCUUCCUUGUUUUUAACAGUUGCAAUGGACAUUAUCAUUUUACAGUUUAAAAGUGUUUAAUUGGAAAAUACAUAAAACCUUAUUGACAUUAUUUAAUGUUGAAAAUUAAAAUUGGAAGGUAUUCUGAACCUUCCUAUAAAGGGUGGGAGUAGAAUUACUCUCUGUUACUAUAUCGGAUAAUUCAACUAUGACUGUCUUUCCUAAUAAUGAACUCACAUGGUGUCUGUGGUUUUGAAGAAGUGAGUAAUCUUUCCCACUGUUGGCCUCUUUAUGCUGUUUAUGUAGUUUUGCAAUUUUUGAAUAGAAAGGUUUUGAGAGCUAGUGUGGUAUAAUGGUCAAAUGCUGGACUGGGACUGGAAGGAUCCAGACUCAAGUUUGCUUUCAGCCAUGGAAACUCUCUAGUGAGUUUGGACUUGUCACAAUUCUCUCAGCACUGCCCACUGAAUAUAAUGGAUACUUGAGGACAGAGGAAUUGGAACAGAGAAUGCUGAGUGCUGCUAGCAAGUCAUGAUGGUUGAAUCAGCCUCAGAGACCAUACGUUCUACUCCCUCCGGUCAAAAUGGUGUCAGCAGCCUAAACAAUCCAAAUGAUGGAGGAGGAGGAGGUGGCGGUGGUGGUGGAGGAGGAUGUGGAAGAGAGGGAGGAGCCAGUGGAGAAACCAAUGGAGAAAUGAGCCCAGUAGAACUCCUCCAUUUUCAGCAGCAGCAGGCUCUUCAAGUGGCAAGGCAAUUCCUUCUGCAGCAGGCAACGGGGCUGACUUCUCCUACCAGCAAUGAAAAUAAGCAGCCGGCUGUUCAGGUUCCAGUGUCUGUGGCUAUGAUGUCUCCUCAGAUGAUCACACCACAGCAGAUGCAACAGAUUCUGUCUCCACCCCAGCUUCAAGCCCUGCUGCAGCAGCAACAAGCAAUUAUGCUGCAACAGCUUCAGGAAUACUACAAGAAGCAACAGGAACAGCUUCACCUACAGCUUCUGACUCAGCAACAAGCUGGAAAGCAGCAAGCCAAAGAGCAGCCAUUAGGGAAUAAGCAGCUGGCAUUCCAACAACAGCUCCUGCAGAUGCAGCAGCUGCAGCAGCAGCACCUGUUAAACCUCCAGCGACAAGGGUUGGUCAGUUUACAGCCAGGACAAGGCACCGUUCCUCUGCAGACCCUGCCACAAGCUGUAUGUCCCUCAGACCUUCAGCAGCUGUGGAAAGAGGUUACUGCUACUCAACCUGUAGAAGAAAGCAUCAAGCAAGAGGGACUUGACCUCAGCACCAACACCUCAAAUUCUACCUCGUUUUCGGCUGCCAAGGUCUCUCCUCCAAUUUCCCAUCACCCUCUCCCCAAUGGACAGAACGCCAUGCUCGCACAAAGGAGGGACAGCUCUUCUCAUGAGGAGACUCCUGGCUCACAUCCCCUGUAUGGACAUGGGGAGUGCAAAUGGCCUGGAUGUGAAACCCUCUGCGAGGACUUGGGACAGUUUAUCAAACACCUCAACACAGAACAUGCACUUGAUGACCGGAGUACGGCUCAGUGUCGAGUUCAAAUGCAAGUGGUACAGCAGCUGGAAAUACAGCUAGCUAAAGAAAGUGAACGUCUCCAGGCAAUGAUGGCCCAUCUGCAUAUGAGACCUUCAGAGCCAAAACCCUUCAGUCAGCCUCUGAAUCUGGUUUCCAGCGCUACAAUGUCCAAAAGCACUUCUGAUACCUUUCCUGAUGGAUUACCUCAUCCCCCCACCUCUGCAACUGCACCCAUUACUCCAUUGCGACAGGGUCCUUCUGUUAUCAGCUCCUCCACUUUACAUAAUGUAGGGCCUAUUCGCAGGAGAAACUCUGAGAAGUUCUGCACUCCAAUUUCCUCAGAACUUGCACAGAAUCAUGAAUUUUACAAAAAUGCAGAUGUCCGCCCUCCCUUCACAUAUGCCUCACUUAUCAGACAGGCUAUCCUUGAGACACCUGACAGGCAGCUAACAUUGAAUGAAAUCUACAAUUGGUUCACACGGAUGUUUGCCUACUUCAGGAGAAAUACAGCUACAUGGAAGAAUGCUGUACGCCACAACCUGAGCCUGCAUAAGUGCUUUGUGCGUGUGGAAAAUGUCAAGGGAGCAGUGUGGACAGUAGAUGAACAUGAGUACCAAAAGAGAAGGCCACCAAAGAUGACCGGGAGUCCAACUUUAGUGAAAAACAUGAUUUCUGGCCUUAGUUAUGGAGCACUUAAUGCCAGCUACCAGGCAGCUCUGGCUGAGAGCAACUUUCCUCUUCUGAAUAGUCCCACCAUGAUCAACACAAGCUCAACUAGUGGCAUGCUGCACAUAGGCCAUGAUGAUGUGAGCAGCACUGUAGAACAAGUCAACAGCAACGGCAGCAAUAGCCCCCGGCUUUCACCACAGCAGUACAACCAUCAAGUUCAUGUGAAGGAAGAACCAGCUGAGACAGAAGAUGACAGCAGACCUGUUUCUCUCAUGGCAACUACCAAUCAGAAUGUGACGAUUCCUGAUGACAGAGACCUAGAGGAGGAACUGCCAGUGGAAGACUUGUCUUAAGGGUCCUGCAUCUUCAUAUAGGGCCCAUCAUUUCCCAGAGACAAAGCAAUGGCUCCCACCUUCUCAAGGUGACCUUCAGCAUUACUUAGUUAAGGCACUUCUACAAAGCAAAAGGCUUUCCAUGAGCCUACCCACUGCUGAAGGCACACACUUUUUCCCCCUUUUUACAUCCCAAUGACUCUUAAAAGACAUUCACAGAGGGGAUGUGAAAACAAAAACAAAAAACGGAGUUGAGCUUUUUCCUUUUCUUAUUUUUUUUUAAAUUUUGUAAUUGGUAAACGAGGAUGGUAGGUUGUUUCUGUCCGAAGACUUCUUUGCUGCCUCCCCUCCCCAUACCCCCAUCUCAUGGGGAUAAAAAAACAAGCUGUCUUGUAUUGUCUGCUCUGUGUUUUGUCAUUUUCAACCCAUAUGCCUGGUUUCCACAAAUCAAGAUUUUGGAAGCAUCCAGUACAUUAAGGGGCAAUAUCAAAGCCAAAGGCUUCAGUGAAUGUCCCUUAUUUUCCCAUGGAAAUUUUCAUUAGUUUGCCAGUAAUCCCACUGAGAACUUUGCACUAGGAGGAAUCUAUUCUCACUUUUUCUUACUUUCACACAUGCACUGUCCCCAUUUCUCACACACAUACAUCCUUGCCACUGUAACACCACUUCAGAGUACUGGAAUAGCAAUGGAAGCAAGACCUCUGCCAAGGUCCUAAUGUUGCAAUUUAUGUUCAUUUUCUGACUGGGCAAAAAAUGAAAAACUGACUUUACUUUAUUAAAUACAUUAUAGGAUAGCAAGGGGUUACUGCCACACAUAAAACCACUUGGUUAUUCUUUUUUCCAUCCUGUGUUUGCGUCUUUCCAAAUUCAAGAAGCAUUCUUCUAUCACCAGUCAUGAUUGACAGCCAGUCUUCAACUCACAAAGCUUUAUUCUGCACAAAAUCCAGGAAUGAAUGUCCAUUCCCUGCCAUCACAUAAUUUUAAAUAACUUUCAGAAACCUUUACUGUAUAUGGGCAGCCAGCAGCCAAGAUAAUGGGGCCCAGCUUGAGACAAAAUCAGGGAGAGACUUCUGCAAGAUGAAUCUUUUGCUUGCUUCUAUCAGCUGCCAUCCUGUUUUUUCCAUUCCAGCAAAUACUGAAGCCAGAAAGCAUGACUCCUUGAUCGUUUAUCAAUGGGAAGUUUUAACAGAUGUAAAUACAGCUGAUUUGGCAAAGCCACCAACAUCUCAAGCAUUUGGGAUAGGAAAGGGGGGGUUAAGCUGAAAUUUAUGGCUGUAGAGAACAGACCAAAACUGGGUUGACCAAACAGAAUUCAAAGCAAUAUACCUGUAUAAAUGUAAAAUAAGUAAUUCUCCACCUUUGUGACCAACCAGACAAAGCUACAAAGAAGCACAGAGUUUCCUCAAACAUUCUCUAGUAGAAAUAUAUUGUAUCCCACAACUCUUGUGCUACUCAUUAGUUCUUAGCUGUAAGCCAAUGUGGGUGGGUGGGGGGAGAUGCUUCAAAACUAAUAACAAGAAUUAAAUGUGUCAGAUGAAUAGUGUUGACCCAGACUUGUCCCCAUACUUGAUUCUAUCAACUCAUUGUCUGCUGCCUCAUAUCAGAAUUUUUUUUAAAAAAACUAAAGAGCAUUUCGUGUGACAGAAAACAUCAGGUUUCCAAAAGCUACUUUGCUAUUGCCCCCAUGAAAGGACAACCCAAAUGCUUCUCCUUGAUUACUGAGACUUUGACAGUUGCUGAUUGAGAAACUGGUUUGCUUUCUGUGUGAUCAGAAAUCCAAUAUCUCAAGGAAGAUGGAUACUAAUGUUUCUAAGGAAGCCUUUCUACAACAGAUCAACACAUGCUUCCCUUUCCCAUCAGGAAAUCUCUGAAAUUUAUUUUCAGGCCAAAUUGGUAUAUAGGAGUUUCUCCCAUUAUUUUGGAGACAAGCUGAUCCAGGCAAUUUGAUGUUUUCUGAAAAGACAGCUGUUUCUAUUCUAUAUUCUGUAGCCCAUGAAGAAAAUAAAUCAUCAUAGCUAUGUUUGAAUAGUCACAUUGAACAUUGAUAAUUAUGUUAAAUGACCUCCCCAAACUAAGAUAGUCAAGAAUACUUUGUCAGCAUAUUUCUGAUUAAUUUAGGAUUCCUUUCUACUCUUCUGAUUUUCAUCGUUAAAUAAUGCUUUUCCAUUGCUCCAAAUACUAUGCCGCUCAUGGCAGUUGGUAAUAUGUAACAUAAGUGUUUUUGACUUAGGAGGGGAAGGGAGAAGAGGGGUAUUGCAUUUUCCUUAUAUGCAGAAUUGCUCCAUUUGUCUCAAAUACAGUACAUUCUUAGUGCCCUUUUCAGCAGCUGGCUAACUGUGGUAACAGACUGUCUUUAAAAAAAAUGCUCUUAACUCACAAGAUUAUAAUAAAUCAAGUAGCACUUGAGCCUUUUUACCUACCACAAAAAAGGACAUUAUUUCUGAAUUGCCACAAAUUUCUGUUUGUACAAGAUUGGUAUCAAAUUUCUUAGCCCAAAUCAAAUUCAUUCUCUUUUUUUUAAAAAAAAGAUGGAGGAUUAUUCUGAGGAUUAUUCUAUCCAAUAACUCUAAAACACUGGGUAAUUUCUAUUUACUCAGUUUUACAAAUAUAUCCAUUUCCUGGAUAGGGCAAGUCAUACUAGCAUUUAAAAAAAGGAAAGGAAUGGUAGCUAGCUGAUCUUGGCCAGUCUCCAUAUUUUUUUCAUGGAUGGAAGCAAAGGCUUGACUUCAAAUCUCAGACUUGGUAAAAUUUGAAAAUGUUGUAUCUAAUUUUUGGCAUUAUCCAUCUAACAAGCAAGUUUAUAUACUUCCUUUCUAAAAUUACCCUAUUCCAAGAUUCUCAAUUUACUAAAUAAUGUGUCAAAAUAAUCCAAACUGAUUUUGAAUCUAGGUAAAAUCAAGAACACCAGCAAUGAAAAAAAAAUCCAUAUCUGAAUUUUGACUGCAAGAAAUUCCACAAUCUUUACUUCAGAAAAUUUGUCAGGAUUUGAUUUCCGGAGCCUACAGUAGAAGGCUCUACCGAACAUGCAUUUUCUCCUACUUUGUUUCCUACUGUUUCUAACAGGCAAGCAAAAUUGUAAAGUUUGUCAUUUAGAUAAAAUUAGCUAAUUGCUCUGAUUUGAAAGGGGCUGUACAAUUAAGGGAACAAAGAGGAACAGCCUCUAAGCUGCAGAAAACUGGAGAUGAUCGUGUUUAUGGGGUGUGAAUCAAAGUACAAUAGCUUGUUUGAACCUCUUUAGAGAACCAUCAACAAGUGGCUUGCUCUUCAAGGAUCACAAAGACAGGCAAUAUAGGAUUGCAGGCAGUAAGAAUACCUCAACACUUAUUAUCCAUCUCCUGGCUCCCCGCUUUACUCCAGAAGCAGCUCGAGAAAACCUAUCUAUCCUCCUUUUAUUAAGAACACACCACACCUCAUUUUCUUCCUGGGACCAUAUUUAAAUGUCUCCCUGGUGUCCUCUAUAGAAUGCUUUGCAAUUGGCUUAACCAUUUACCAAAGACCUUGCUUAGACAAGAAGCAUAAACCAAAACACUUAAUAUUUUUGUUUUUGUGGUGCUUUAUUCUGACUUAUCCUAACUUUUGGCAUCAGCCAAAAAGGAAAAAAAAUUGCAAAGAUCCUGCAUCCCCUUAGCCCUUUUGUCACUUUCUUUUGAUUUUAAGUUAUUAUUUAAAUCAAAGUUUACAGGUGCUGUUUUGUACAUUUCUAAUGAAGUUGUAUCGGGAGCAUGGAUUGCUGCUUUGUGUUUGAAGUUUCUUGAACCAAGGGUACGCUGUGAAGCCUAGGGUGGUUUGGCAUUCCAUGGGUCUCUUCUGAACCUACUUCCAUCUUGCUGCUGGUGGUUUCUUUUCUUUUUUUUCUUUUUAUAGGUCAGAACUGUCUUUAUUUCAUGUUAACUUUUCAGCUGUUUUUUAUACACAUUGAAAUUUCUCUCUCUUGUUGUUAGCAUUUUUUCUUCUUAAUUUUCAAAGGGUUAAUUGCCCUAACCCCUUCCCCUUCUCUUCCCAAAACUGGUAUUAUCUUUGAAGCACUGUUGGGUAACUUAUGUUUUUGAAAUACAGCAGAUUCCUUGUAACGUCUCAAACUUUGGACUGUUGAUCUACAAAUUGCACUCUGAAUUAGAAAAUUCUAAACAUAAAAUAAUGUUGCAGGAGUUGCUGAAGUCACAUCCUGUAAUUGUUUCCCAUAAAUAAAACCUCCUAGUUUAUAGUAAAGUCAUGCAUCAGGAAAACAAAUUAUGCAUAGUUUAUUCCUAAAUGUAUGCAAGUUUUCUUUUCAUUGAUUUUUUUUAAACUUUGGGUUGCAUUAAAAAAAAAAAAAACAGAUUCUUGCAGCCUAAAAUGAUAAAUUCUGGAAUGUGUAAUGUUUAGUCUCUGUGCGUGCACUGAGGUGCUUUUUUGAACUUUGUUUGAUAUCACAAUUUGUAGUGCUCCAUUGUGUCAAAUUGCUUUGCAAACAGUUUUAGAACUAAAUGGCUAUACCACGGUGCUGUUGUAUUUUGUCCUUGGCUCCCUUUUCUGUCAAUCCUAGUAUUACAGCUGCAUUAUUAUAAGUUUGAUCUUUUCAAAGUUGCCACCAUCCUGAUUCACUGAUCUCGGUUUUUUGUCUUGCCUGGUCCUGGUACAAUAUCAACCGUUUGUUGGACAUCUGCAGCUGGACCUGAGAUGCCCAGGAUAUACGUUUUCUGCCAGUAUUAAAGUGAUGUUUGUUGGUACUGUAUAGUCAAGAGCUAAACUGUAAUCAUCCUAACAUUGAGAAGAGAUUCGCUUUAGAAAUAUAAGUGUCUGUUCAAAUUAAAACUUUUGCCUUGCUGUUUGGGUUUGUUCAUCCUUACCCAUUUAAAAAGAGAGGCGCAAGAAAAAGAAAGCAUGAUAGAUACACUGAUGCUAAUAAAUGAAUUAUCCAAUGUAAACUGAGAGCUAAUUAGUACUCGAUUAUAGACCUAGGAUGCGCUUCAGAUUUCAAGGAGAAAAGGUCCUUUGGUGCAUGUAGGGGAGCUAAAGUAGCAUCUUGUUAAUAUGGCAAAAUAUUUUGAAUUUAAGGCAUUCCAAGCAGGCGACACACCCACCCUUACUAGCUUCAAAGCAUAUUUUUACCUUCAAAUCCAAACCAUUGCAAAGCCUAACUUGGCUGUUGUUGCAGUGUUGCACAAUAUGUAUUUAGCAGAUUCCAAAAUUAAAAGUUUUCCAAUACUAUCUCAUUUGGGGUAACAGAAUGGAGAAAGGUCAUCUGGGGCUACAGAACUGAGCAAAAGUUAUUGCCAGGCAGAAAGUUAAUCUUUAAGCAUUUUCAACCAUAUACUAGACAGUCAUUGGGCAGAGUUUCCCCCCAAUGCAUAGUCAAGCAAUAUGCUACUCUUGCUGUUCCAAAGAAACAGUCCAAGAAACAAUUGGAUAAUUCUUUGGUGAAUAUCUGUAAUUUAGGUUGACUUUCUGAACCUGGAUGCUGCUCUAGAAGCAUCCCUAACCUCUGUUGUUACUAUACUGGUAGCCUUCCAUAGUUUAUUUUUUCUUGAGAAUCUUGAAAAAGUUGGGGAUGUUUCCCUUUCAUCCUAUCCAUAAUUCAUUAGGCAUUUACUAUCUCUCAGGGGAAAUGAUUUCAGCCCUUCACUGCUGCACAAAGACAAACAAUGCAGCCUCUAGAAUCCAGUUUUGCCCAAAAUGGAGCAGCUCCAGAAUGUAUUUCGUGGCUAAAAAAAUCCUGCCAGUUUCAGCUCUUUCCUGCCUUCAUGUGACAGUAUUAAUAUAUGUGUGUAUCCUCAGAGGAUAGCUUUAAACCUAGCUCUCACAGGAUCUGUCUGUGCUUAACUAUGUCAGAUCAGCCUACAAGCGGGAAGGAAGUCAUGUGACUAAACUGUCAUCUCAUAGCAACUUUCUUCCAUGUAGAAUUUUAAAAAAAAUAAUAAAUGGAAAAUUUAGCCACAUGAUCUGCUACUUGAAGCCUGAAGUGGUACAACUCAAAGACAGGUUUAUUCAUUGAGAAAUAAUUGUUUCUUUGAAACAAUUGAAGGAAAAUGUUUUAGGUCUUGGAUGCUGUGACAAUAUUAAGUUCCUCAAACAAGUGGCCCUUUUCUUCCGUUGCUUUCCCCAUCUGCUUUUGAAGUGGAUGAGCUUUAAAAUAUUGGGUGUGCUUUCUUCAAAUGUCUGCCUUAUGUGAUGAAGCUAGGCUUCUGUAACCAACUUGUCAAUAUGAGAGGUGGAUAAAUAACUUUUACUGUUAGAUUGGCUUAGAAUCUAGGCCUGGCCCUUAAGGGAACCAGCACAUAUCUAAGAAUUGGAAAGUAAGAAAUGAGGCUUUGGAAUCAUGGAUUUUUAUUCAAAAUUGUGCCUGACUUAAAGCAAAAUUAUUGUAUCACCAUAGUUCUUAGGGUUGUUUUUAUUUUAUUUUGUUUAUUUUUUUUUGCUGAUUCUGGCAUUCCCAACAAAGAUUACUUAGAACUGUAAUUUCAUUUAUUCAAUGUUGUCAAACUGUCCCAAUAGGGGGAGGGGGGAUUGCAAAACAUUUUUUUACAAGUCAACAAUGAAAUAAAUUGAGAAGCAGAUCCUAAAUCUAUUAAAUUUCAAUUAAAAACUGUCUGCUGAUUACACUUGCAAUUAAUGAGGACUUGCAUUAUAUUUACCGGUAUUUCUCUUGAGAGCUUUGAGAAGCCUACAGGACUUUAAAUGUAUUUUUCUAAUCCUGAUAUAUCUCUUUAAAGUAUACUGAAGAAAGAAUGUAAUUCAGUAUCACUGAAUAAAUAUGCUAUUCCCUAAGAUCUUCAGUUUGGGGUGAUUUUGUCCCCCAACAACUUGGAAAUUGGAAGUUUCUCCCAAAUUGAACUGCUAAAGCUUUAGUUCCCAACAUCUGACAUCGCUGAUACUGUUUUGUUUAAGUGUACCACAUUUGGCCCCCUUUUUUCCUAAUUAUGACUUUGAGCAUUUGUGUCCUGAAUUUGAUUGCAUAUCACCUAUAUCACCAUUAAAUAGAGUGAGCAAAUCACAAGCAAAUGAUGACCAGUUGGUUCUGCCCUGGUUCUUUGGUUAGUAUUUGUUCUGUUAUAAUAGCAUAAAUUCAGAUAAACAUAAAAAAUAAUAAAUGGCACCUAAGGAAUCCAGGGCAAGGGUGGGUGAGAAAGAAUGUUUACUCUGUAUUAAAAGCCUAUUUAAAUUUUAGCAAUAAAAUCUGUCCUCCUGGCUUCCUUCCUAGCAAAAUCAAGCAGUUAAAGAGAAGGAUAUGCCUAUUUGAGUAAGCACAUUGAGGAGGUACUAAAGCCAUUAUUUCAUCUGCAAGAGUCUCUUUUAACAUUUACAAUCUCAUUGGUCCUUCACUUAGAUUAUAUUUCUCCUAUAAGGGUUUAUUGGAUUAUUUCUAAUUCUAUUUUUUUGGUCUGUGUAUGUGUGUGUGUGAUCAGCAAAUUCACCUCACUUUUUCACUUGAAUGAUGUAUAUGCAAAUAUACAUGAACCCAGUAAGAAAUAAUCAGUGGCAUAUAUGUAACUGCUUCUACUUUAUCAAAUAUGCCCAUGUAUUAUUAUUCCAUAUUCCAAUACUAUUCUUCCAUUCAUCGUAUGGAAGAAUAAUAUUUAAAAUUUUGUGCUGGAGGCCUCAAACGUUUGGGAUUUUAUUUUCCUCAUACCUAAUUCCUGAUUGCUGAAGCAACCCACUGGUGUGAGCCUUGAGGAGCACCCUUUCUUUGGCUACUGCUACCAGUGGCAUUCUUCCCAGACUCUUGACUACAUUAGGUACAUCUAUUUUUGCACAUUUAUGUCCACCAAAUUAUUUCAUUCAAAACUGCAUAUAGUACUUAUUUGGGGGAAUUUCUUUUUUGUCUUUAAAAAAAUAUUUUAUUUUUUGUUGUUACCUCAAAAUUGCUUUUAAAGGGGUAGUGUAGGAAAGACCAAACACAAUUUGUGGCAGGAUAGUAUAUGUAUAUAUUGAUAUAUAUGCUGGUUGAAAACCUACUAAAAUUAGACUAUUGUCUGUUUAACUAUCCUGUGAUGAGACUAAUGCAGGGAAUACUUAGGAAGGGUUUUUUUUUUCCUUGUUCUGGAAUUUAGGAAGCCAUUCUUGUAUUUCUCUUUGACUUGACUUGGAUGCUGUUCCAGUUCCUUAUGUUGUUUUUAGCUUGUUUUCUCUCUUAAACUAGUCAGUAGAAAUAGUGGGAGGAGAUAGAUGGUUGCUGAAAAGAAACUGGGAUAAUGAUAUAAUUUCCUUUCCCUCAGUGGUUCCUGAAGUUAGAAAAAUAGGAACAGAAUAAAAAAAA